AUGCGUUUCGAUACUACCGCCAUCCUCGCCUCCCUGGCCCUAACCGCUUCCGCAGACUGCAUGGAGGUUUUCACCACCUGCGCCGGCUUUACAUGCAGAAGUAGCGAUGCAUGGUUCUAUACCGACUAUGGCACCUACAGUGUCAACGCUGAAAAAGGCUGCAGGGGUACUUCGGUUCCUGCCAUGGUUGAGUUCUGCGUGGACUGGGAUAACAGACGGGCGCAUUUCAGGUUCUCUGGUCAGGGCAAGCGCUGUAUGGUGCAAGACUCGGAGAGCGCUUAUGGCUGUCCGGCUACGUGCUACAAGGCGACCUGGAGGGAGAUUCCGUGCAACUGGCGCGUGGCCUCGGAAGAGGAUCCUGCUACUGAGAUUGCAUCUUCGGCCUUUGUCACUAUGACCAAGGGAGCUGCAAACUAA